AUGGGCAUCUUCAAGCUUGCACCUACAUUCCUACUGCUGGCCUUAGCCUCGGCCGCUGCGACAGCGCCCUCCGAUCCGACCAAGGCCAACAUGAGCAUCACAUUCUCCCGUGCUGACGGACGAUACUGCAACGACCACGGCGUGGGAAAUCCCGUCACUGUAAACAUCACCAACGUUCCAACGGCCAAGAACACUUGCUUCAACCUCGCGGACACAUUCUCGAAUCCAGACGCCACUUACAACGCUCGUGGCUGCACGGGAGCCAACUACACCGAGUGCGCCGUCCACUACAAAGUGAUCGACGCCCAACACUUCGAUCCUGCAAGCAACUACUCCCAAAUCUGGUACACGCAACGCGAAAGCGACAUCAAGAAAGGCGACGACGAGAAACUGGGCAAGAUCGCCUUCGAAACCUAUGGCGGUGAGAACUGCCUCCCAGGCUCCGGACCCGAUGCCACUGCAGUCCAUCCCAUCUACAGCUGGAGCUGCUAUCAAGCUGAUGGUCACUGCGAUACUGUGCCAUAUCGCAUUCGCAGCUUCGCCAUCAAGCGUGUGGACGAGUGGAGGGAGAAGAAGGAACACUGCUACAUCGCCCACUCCAACAAGAAGAACGCCGGUGGCAAGGUCGUUGCAACUGGCGGUCUUGCGGCGUUGAGCUUGGCGGUUGUCGUCGGUAUGGCUUUCUACCUUUGA